AUGGGUAACAAAGUGGUCACUUUUACCGACCAGCAGCUGGAGGACUAUCAGGAUUGCACGUUUUUCACGCGCAAGGAAAUAUUGCGCGUUCAUCAACGAUUCUACGAGGCCAGCCCUGAUCUUGUGCCGGCGAUUAUGACCGAGGGCCAAGCGUCCACGAUACAGGUGCCGCGGGAACGUAUCGAACGAUUGCCGGAAUUGGUGGAAAACCCGUUCAAGGGUCGUAUGUGUGAGGCAUUUUCGCGCGAUGGCGAUGGUAAUCUAACGUUCGAGGACUUUCUCGAUCUGCUGUCCGUCUUUAGUGAGCAGGCACCGCGCGACAUUAAAGUGUACUAUGCGUUCAAGAUUUACGAUUACGAUCGUGAUGGGUUCAUUGGGCAGUCGGAUUUGCUGAACGUGAUUACGGAUCUCACGCGCAACGAGCUAUCUCUGGAGGAACACCAACAGAUAGCGGAGAAAGUGAUCGAAGAGGCGGAUGUCGAUGGGGACGGCAAGUUGUCCUAUUUGGAGUUCGAGCACGUGAUAACGCGAGCGCCGGAUUUUAUAUCCACAUUUCAUAUUCGCAUAUAA